UUCAACACCAUUCAAAAGUCCAUUAUAAUGUACAAGACUACAAUCAUGGAGUUUCUUCUCCGUCAUAUAGACACUGCCGUAGCUGGAUUUUUGGCCAUACUACUAUUUCUCUACUCAGUCCAAAAAAGAUCAUCUAGACUCAGAAGAAACGACAGCAGAAUAUCACCACCUGAAGCCGCUGGCAGGUGGCCUAUAAUCGGACAUCUCCAUCUACUAGGAGGAUCUCAACUUCCCCAUAUAACUUUGGCAAACUUGGCUGAUAAAUAUGGACCGAUCUUCACAAUCCACAUAGGUGUUCAUCCAACUUUGGUAAUAAGCAGCUGGGAAUCUGCGAAAGAGUGCUUCACAACCCACGAUUUGGCUGUUUCAACACGUCCCAAGCUCAUUUCAUCAGAAAUCUUGGGAUGGAACUACGCCAGCUUUGGUUUUGCCCCGUACGGCCCUUACUGGCGAGAAAUACGGAAAAUAACGACCUCGGAGCUACUCUCAAACAAACGCCUGGAAAAACUCAGGCACGUUCGAGAGUCCGAGGUUGAGAGCUUUGUGAAAAAUCUUUACAAGUUGUGGACCAAGAGGGAGACGGGCUCGGACCGUGUGAUGGUAGAGAUGGGGAAGCGGAUUGGGGACGUAAAUCUGAACGUGGCACUCAGAGUAGUCGCCCGGAAGAGGUACUUUGAUGACGAUUCGAGGGAUGAGAAAGAGGCGCGGCGAUGCAAGGAGGCCAUGAGGGAGUUCUUUCGUUUGACGGGGCUAUUUUUGGUAGGGGACGCCAUUCCUUUCCUGAGGUGGUUGGAUUUGGGUGGAUACGAGAAGGCCAUGAAGAAAACGCACGACGAAUUGGAGAGUAUUGUUGAGGAAUGGUUAGAGGAACAUCGACAGAGGAGGGGUUCUGGUAACUUUGGUGGAGAGAAAGACUUCAUGGAUGUGAUGCUUUCGAAGCUUGAGGAGUCCACUGAUCUCUCUGGUUAUGAUGCUGAUAUCGUCAACAAAGCUACAUGCAUGAAUAUAAUUUCAGGGGGAACUGAUACAACUGCAGUAACCUUAACUUGGGCACUGAGUUUAUUGCUAAACAACAAAAGUGUGCUGCAGAAGGUUCAAGAAGAAUUGGACCUCCACGUUGGUAAGGAAAGACCGGUGAAGGAAUCGGACAUAAGCAACUUGGUGUAUCUCCAAGCAGUGGUGAAAGAGACGCUAAGGUUGUACCCAGCUGGACCACUCUCAGGGAUAAGAGAAUUCUCCGAGGACUGCACCAUAGGAGGCUACCACGUGCCUAAAGGAACCCGACUGAUUACCAACCUUUGGAAGAUCCAAACGGACCCCAAAACAUGGUCCGAUGAUCCGUUGGAGUUCAAGCCGGACAGAUUCCUCACCACACACAAGGAUGUUGAUGUUAAGGGCAAGCAUUUCGAGCUUAUCCCUUUUGGCGCCGGAAGAAGGUCCUGCCCUGGGAUGACUUAUGGCCUGCAAAUGACGCACUUGGUGAUUGCUUGUUUGUUGCAAGCGUUCGAUGUUUUCACCGAUGGGCCGGUCGAUAUGACAGCUAUAUUUGGAUUGACAAAUGCUAAAGCCACUCCGCUUGAAGUUCUUGUCAAACCUCGCUUGUCUAUUUCUCUCUACGAGUGAUUAUCAUGUUAGAUCCUAAAUCACGACACUUAGUCGCAUGGGUAUAUGUUUUUGGGGACUAUACUGCAUGAACAUGUAUGAGCCAAUGCAUGGGUCCCAUUUGCUGUCGGAUCUGCCUAGUAGUAAAUGUUUAAUUUGUAUCGUACUUUAUUUUUGUUUUCUUUCUUUGUGCUAAAGUUGUAG